AUGCCCGUGGCACGACGCAUGCUUUGGUGGCGUCACCCAAGGGAUCUGCAUGCAGAACACGAUGCUGGUGGUCCUGUAUUUGACGACUUAGUUCCGGUCUGUGGGUUGAGUCUCGAAGAACUCGAUGGCGACCUAGACGAGGAUUACAGAUGUGCGUUGUGCAUUCUCCUCCUGCUCGUCAUUAUGGUAUACAUGGACGAUACUGGUCUUGACAGACAGUCUCAUGCGCGGUCCAAAAUAGACCUUGCUCGCACUGCCCUCAGUAUCUUCUGUGAGCUCUGA